AUGUCUAAGGAAGUCAGCAUAAUCGGAGCUGGCAUUGCCGGUCUGACACUGGCCAUCAGUCUGCACACCCAAGGCAUCCCUUGUGCGGUCUACGAAACCCGUCCAGAGCCUCAGAACAUUGGUGGUGCUGUAAUGCUGUCUCCCAACUCACUCAAAUUGUUCGACGACAUGGGUAUCUACGACGGCCUCAAGCGUCUUGGAUACAGCUUCGACAGUCUCUACUUCCGUGAUCUCGCUGGCUCACUCAAGGAAACUUAUCCGUUUGGAAGUGUUGAGAGACAUGGAUACAGCGGUCUCCGCGUCUACCGCUUCGAACUCAUUGAUCUUCUGCUCGAGAAGUUCAACGCCAACAACAUUCCCAUACACUUCAACCACAAGUUCUCGCAUGUAGUCUCUGAAUCCGAGGAUACAGUGACCUGGCAGCUUGUGGAUGGCACUACCAAGACAUCAUCUCUGCUCAUCGGUUCAGACGGCAUCCACAGUCGCGUUAGAAAGUACAUGUAUCCCGACCUUUCACCAAAGUUUACUGGAAUUGCUGGAAUCACUGCUGCAGUUCCUACCGCAAAUCUCAAGUUACCUUGUCCUGACUACAAGAUGCCAGUCACAAUCAUGUCACCAUCUCACGGCGCUUUCGUCAUAGCGCCUCAAAAGCAAGAUGGCAGCGAAGUGCUGAUUGGAAAGCAAAUGCGCAUGGCCGAGCUCUCGCGCGAAGGCUGGGAGAAGUUCUAUGCCGACAAGGAUGCUGCUACUGCUUUCCUCCGUGAAAAUGCAGAAGUCUUUGGUGAUAUUGCUGUUACGGCUACUGAAGAUAUCCCUCAUGAGCACACCAACAUCUGGCCGUUUUAUGUCAUACCCGAGCUCGACUCAUGGUCCUCUGACAAUCGGAGAGUGCUUUUGGUGGGUGAUUCAGCUCAUGCGGUGCCACCCAGUUCGGGCCAAGGUAUAUCUCAAGCUGUCGAGGAUGUAGUGAUGCUAGCCAUCCUACUGGGGAAGGGUAGAGGCGAGAAGAAAGACUUGGGGUGGUGGCAAAGCUUCAGACAGAACAGAAUUGAGCAAAUCUUGCUGCUGAAUGCUCGCAUCGAUCGUCGAAGACUGCCCAAGAUCAAUGGAUCCGAAGAACAGGACGAUGACGAACAAGGCUUUGAUCUAGAUUGGUUGUAUGGUAUUGAUGCUGUUACAGAAGUCGAAAAGUAUGUUAGUGGUUCGUAG